GGGCAGGUAUUGAAAGCUGAGAGCCCCUCAAUCACUCCAUUCAUCAGCCCAUAGGUUGAAUUUCUCUCUUCCUCGUUUAUUUCGUCUGGCCAUUCCCCAUUCAAAUCUGUUCAAAUCUGUUCAAAUCUUUUCAUCUUUCAAAGGACUCAACUGGAUCUUACCUCGACGACAAAGCAAUUUAAACCCUUCAAGUCCCAUUCUCACACUUCAAAGUCGUUUCUUAUCCUCUUGUCAUCCAUCUCGUACUAGGUCUUCUCUUAACCCUUGUAACACAUUUCUCGCUUCUGUUCUAACUUGAGCUUACCUACCUGCCUACCUACAUAAGUAGUAUACAAGAAAUCAUACUUACUUAACUCUCCUAAACUCCCACAAACAAAGACACCAAACUACUCUCAAUCAUGGCACACAAAACUUCUGCGGUGGCCGAUGAGCCUAUCGAAGUGCUUUUUGCACUUCACCCUAAAUUUGAUCUGAUGGACCUAGCUGGCCCAUUAGAGGUCCUUGACUGGGCUCGCCAUGAUAAGAACGACGAGAAUACCAAGGCCUUCGAUAUCACAAUUGCUGCGGCCGAGCCAAAGGUCAUCUCCGAUCAAGGAGUUGUCGUUGGUGCCCAGAUCACUUACAAAGAAGCUCACGAACGUCUCAAUGACUUUGACGUUCUUGUCAUCGUUGGUGGUAAUGUCGAGACCGUCUUGAAGGACAAAUCCGAACCCCUUACUAUUAUCGAAGCCUUUGCAGAAAUCCAGAGGACCGAUUAUACCCGAGAGCGCACAGUGCUUUCCAUCUGCUCUGGGUCUCUCUUCUUGGCUGAGGCUGGCAUCUUGGCCGGCUUGUCCGCCACUACCCACCCAGAUUACCUGACUAAGUUUGAAAACGUGUGCAGCCAAGCAGCACAACGUGAUUUGCAAGAGAGAACCGAUGUUAUAGAAGACACUCGAUACGUCGUUAACAAUCUACGCUUUGACCUUGGAGAUGAGGAUGAGAACCCAUACAUUCGUCGCAAGUCGGAUGCUGGAAGACGACCAUCUGCUGCACGAAAGGGAAGCAUCUCAUUCAAGGGCUCCAACGGUCGUCGUGAGUCAAUUGCUCGCCGCGCCGCGAUGCGUCUUGGGGGGCUUCGGGUGAUUACGAGUGGGGGAAUAUCUGCUGGCCUAGAUGCAACAUUGUAUCUGGUCAGCAUCCUGGUCGAUGAGGACGUCGCUAAUGAGGUGGCACGACGCAUGCAGCACGAGUGGAUCAAGGGCACUAUCGUUGAUGGCCUCGAUGUUUAGAAGGCAAAAAACCUGCUUGCUCUAAACAAUGCCAAAUGUGGGCAGAUAUUUCGGGCUGCUAUCAUGUAUGAAAAUAAAAAGGGAAAAUAUCCGGGGCGGAAGAAGCCCUGAGACAGUUAAAUGUGAAUCAAAAUAAAAUCAUUAUCUUA